GAGUCAAGUCAAUUUAUCCAUUUGUUUUCUUGUUGCGGUUUGCUGUUUUUGUAAAAUAAAUAGAAUAUACUGGAGAAAUCAUUGAAAAAUGACGACUAAUAACAUUGAAGAGAUAUUUGGCAAGUUCCAAAAUAGCUUAGAUUCGGAACAGGAGUUGCGAGAGGUUAUAAGAAACAUUUGCAGGGAAACUGACCACAUUUCGCGUGAAAUAAUGUCAAUUCUACAGAUAAUUCAUCACGACAGCGCCGGUAUUAGCAAGGCUUGUAUGAAGUCUCGUGAGUUGUUUGAGAAGGCUCGGGUCAAAUAUCAAACGUUGAAGCAAGCUGUGCCUCGCACUGACUAUUACAAGUACCAUGAUCACUGGCGCGGGAUGACCCAGAGGUUCUGCUAUUUAAUUGCGUUGACCAUUUGGCUGGAAAAGGGGUUUUUGGUCUCCCACGAGACCGUCGCACAGAUCUUAGGCAUAAGCGCUGUGGAAGAGAAGGAGGGGUUCCACUUGGACAUCGAAGACUACCUCGUGGGGUUGUUGCAACUGUGUUCCGAGCUGUCGCGUCUCGCGGUGAACGCUGUGACCCAGGGUGAUUACGGUCGACCGAUGCAGAUCUCGAAAUUCGUCAUGGAGUUGAAUGCUGGCUUCAGACUAUUGAAUCUCAAGAAUGAUCAUCUUCGAAAGAGGUUCGACGCUCUCAAGUACGACGUGAAGAAGAUUGAAGAGGUUGUCUACGAUCUCAGCAUCCGAGGACUGCUGCCGAAGGCCGAGGGCGAAGCACCUGUUGUUAGCGAUAAUUAAUAAAUAAGAUCUAAAUUUAAA